GUGGCAUGAGUGCGCUGUCUCCGGUAUUCUCAGUACAGUUACCGUCCUCAACACGUUUAGCACAGCGAUACGUGACUCCCAGUCAUAUCCGUAAAUCCCGGUCACUACAAACGUCAAAUUUAUUAUUUCCCGAAAAAAAAAUUUAUCAAAACAACAUGUGGUGAUUUACAACCGCUCCAUUGGAUUUAAAUACCCAUAAAAGAGUGUCUGCUUUAUAUUAUUCAGUGUUUCGCCUAUCAGUGACUUUUACCGGUCUCAAAAAACCUGCCUCACAACAGGUGCAUUUUGACUUGCUGUACCGGUCGUACACCGACGAAGAAACUUGUUUUGUGCCGAGUUGAAGUGGACAAGUUGAGCACCCCUCAUUCCGCAAAUUUUUGUUUAUUUUUAUUACUCCAGUAUUUUUGUUGAACUUCUCAAAACCAUUCCCUCCGCUCCCUCGAGUAUCUCCCGCAAAUCCGCUCGUAUUAACGUACCCUCGUUAACACUCUUCAGCUAUUUUUUUCUCCCUGAUUAUUAUCCCAACUCCAUCGGUGGAGUAAUACCAAGAGAUCCAGUGGAGCGCCUCUUCUUAUGUACAUACGUUAUCGCUGCUCCACAAGCAAGUGAGGAUUCUCAAUUAUCCCGAAUGCCUGGUGUUGGAGUACUAAAGGUGUAAUUAGAGGCACGUAUACCGCCUCAAGUGCCGACGAAAAAGUAGGAAGCGAAAAGAAUCGUAAGAGGGAGAGGAAGAAAUACCCGAGAUAGUUAAUUCGUUAUCUUUCUCCUCGUGUCAUAGAUAAGCUCCAUUAACCUGAAAUAGAAUAUGAUUUAACCGUCAAAUUGCAUUCUACCUUCCUAGACCUUCCCAAGGUGCACACACCCUUCACCAAACUUGAUAUCCAAAGACGUUCUUAUCAAGGUGAUUAACACCAAGGUCGUCCGUCCCAGCGGAAUAAAAAUCGAAGAAGGGGGAAGAGACGAGCAGUUAGAAAGUUCGACGUACUUGAUAGGAAUGUUCCUACGAAAGUCGCGAAGGCGUGUGUUCCAGGAAGCCAUAACUACUCGUGUGAGCAAUUCAUUCUACGAGUGAACAGCAACAGCAUAGAUCAACAGUAAGGAUUAAGCACAACCAAAAGACCAGAACCAACAUCAACCAACCAUUACCAAAUAUAUCAGUGAAUAAAUUUCACUGCAAUAACAACCUUAUUUGCAUUAAUAAACGAAUGACGAGAUGGCCGAGGCAAGCACGAUGACCGUACCACCGGUACUGCCAAUUUCGAGCCAUCAUCAAAGCCAGAGUAAUCGUCAGACUGUGUCGAUCCUGGCCGUUGCCCCCACUUUGUCACAGACUCCCUCUGAGGCCGGAGCAACGGUAUACGUAGCAGAUACAACUGGCAAAACCGAAUCUGCAUCAGUAUGGCGGACAACGGCAGAUGUGCAAUUGUCAAAUGGAUACAGUCAAUCGCAAAUAAUCAAAACUGACUAUCCGGCACAUGUUGUUAAGAUACAGAUCAAUCCGCAGUUCGAUAACAGCCGGGUUAUAUCGACAGUCAGAUUAACGCCGGACGAUAGUACUUUAGAUGACGAGAGCCAUCUGGACAACACAAAGAACGAGGCGUCCAAUGAUCGUUUGGCCAGCGAUACGCGAAUAAUCGAGAGGAAUAUUGUUAAUGGAAAGGGUCUUGAUUAUGUGCGAAUUAGUGUUGUGAACGACGUUGAUUUGGAGUUGAAGAAGGCGAACGAUAUGGUGCAGAAGGACGAGAUGAAUCGCUCGUGCUUCUACUACGGAUCAUUUCAGAAUGCGAUUAGCACGAUGGUCAUGUCGAGUGGUCAAUGCUCACCGAGUGACACUCUGGACAGUGGCACCUGCAGUGAUCUUGAUGGCACACCUCCGCCCUUGCCCAAAAAGAAGAACUCGAGUACUGUUCUUCUUGGUGCAGCCACAACUCAUAAGAGAACGGGAAGUCUUACAAGUAGCGGGGCUGAUAUUGACAGUGAUGACAAUGAGAGUAACAUUAGCUGUGACUCAUUGAAUAGUGGCGAGUUAUCAGCCAGGGUCAAUGGACACCCGGUCAAUGACAGUGGACAAAGUGUCAUCAAGGAUACGUCGCGUGAGAAGACUAUUAUUUGUGAAGAGAGUGUCAAGAGGGACUUGAAGGGAACUGCUGGCGAAGUUGAACGCAUUUGUUUGAAUAAUCAUAAUGAGGAGGUUAACAAGAAUUAUGAUAGCGAGGAUGGUGAUAAGAGUGAGGUGAUUGUUAAUGAGAAAUCGAGCGAUGGUGAAUUGUCUGAGCUUUCACCAUCUCAAUCUGGCACUUCCUCGUUGUCAACGUCCUCCUCGACGCCGAGAAUUCGCAGUCCAAAUCCGUUGGGUAACGGACGUCAGCAUGUGUCUACUUCACCAGUCGUUGAGGAGUGCACGUACGAGGAGAGAAAGAGGGAGCAGGAUAGGAUUCAGAUGGAGAAUGCUGCUGCUGAGCAUUAUGCCAAUUAUAAGAGGGAUAAUGGAAGCAAGUAUGUUUAUGAGGAUGAUCGGUUUUACAAGUUUCAUGUCAAUGAGUUUGAGGGAGAUCAGCAGGAGGUGAGGAAUGGAGAGGAGGGGGGAGAGGGGGAGGAGUAUUUUGCUGGGUAUAAGAUACUCGAUAGGGAAGCCAUAAGAAGUGCCAAGGGAACUGUUAGGGGUGUUAAAAAUCGUGUACGUGCGGGCAUCGCUACGUUCCUGCAGAAUCCAUCGUCAAAGAAUUACAAACAGAAGGAUGCCGGCAAAGUGGUUGUUUACACAACGUCAAUGAGGGUCGUCAGAAAGACGACUAUUGCAUGCGUGAAGAUGCUGAGGAUCCUGGGUACACACAUGGUGCAGUACGAGGAGCGUGACUUGUUCAAGAGUAGACAGUUUCAGAUGGAGCUCAAGGACAGGGUUGGGUGUGAUAAUGUCGAGGUGCCGCAGCUCUUUAUCGAUGGACACCAUGUGGGG